AUCCUGAUAUCCCCUCGCCGCGAACCAACCAUCCAUCACAGCACAGGAGGUUCCGCUUCCUCCAGAGAAACAGAGGAGCGGCUGAGGCGAGUCCUUCACCUCGGUCCAGCCAAGAUGGCAUUCGCCGCCUCCACGGCCUGCUGCAAGCCGUCCGUGCUGCUGGCCCCUCGCGCCUCCUCCUCCUCCUCCUCGUCCCAGGCGCGCCUCUGCAGGCCGUCCACCUCGGCCGCGUUCCACGGCCUCAGGGCGCCGGCGUCGGCCUUCGCCCUCGCGCCUGCGCCGCGCCGCCGCGCGGCCUCCGCGGGCAUCGUCUGCGGCAAGGUGAGCAAGGGCAGCGUGCCGCCCAACUUCACACUCAAGGACCAGGACGGCAAGACGGUGUCGCUCUCCAAGUUCAAGGGCAAGCCCGUCGUCCUCUACUUCUACCCCGCCGAUGAGACGCCAGGCUGCACCAAACAGAUCAUUCGCCAGAAGACAUUCACUCCUCUUGGUUCAGCCGGAGCUAGCUCACCACUUGGGUCUCCCUUCCUUUCCAAACGCCAUGGCUCCACCACCAUCCAAGCUAGCCUCUCCUCCCCUAACCCCACUCCACGGCAACAAAAACACGUCGCCAUGACCAUACCGUCCCAAGAAAUCACCGAGGCAGCGACGCCGAGGAGGCAGCAGCCCAUCGAUGAGGAGGCCGUCGCCAACGGAGAUGGCCGGACGUGCGAGCUGCCGACGUGGGCGCUGAUCGGCGGCAUCACGGUGGGCGUGGCGGUGGCGCUGGCGCUGUCGGUGGACGCGGGCCCGGCGAUGGCGCUGGGGCCGGAGGGGCCGCUGCUGGAGGAGUUCUGGGACAACAUGCGGCGGUACGUGCUGUACGCGCUGACGGUGAGCACGGGGUUCGCGUGGGCGCUGGUGCAGCCCAUCUACGAGCUGCUGCGCAACCCCAUCACCGCCGUGCUGAUCAUCGUGGUCAUGGCCGGCGGCGCCGUGCUGACGGUCCAGGUCAUCAACGCCAUGGCCGGCAACUCUGACUUCGUCUACAUGUACGAGCAGUAGCUCUAAAUAGCUAGUUAGGGUAUUUGUACGUAGUAUGUCUGGCUGAUCUUGGACGAAACAUGCAUGAUUUUGAGAGUAAUAAAAAGGUGACACAUAUUAGACCAGCA